UUUGGAUGCUGAGAAUUGAUACUUCAGAAAAGUGUUAAAAGUUUAUGGAAGCAGAAAGGAUGCUGUUGGUUAAGACGUGCUUUUCUUCGCAUUUGGCCGACGAUGUUGAUGUACACCGAGUCCGACCAUAGGCUAUACAUAUUCUCCCCCUUUUGACGGUUCAUUAGUCGGAUAAGGUAAAUGUGAACACAGAAAAUACACACUGGGAACAACGAAAUUCCGAUGCAGAAAUCCUCAGCACUCUUCGGGAUGGUCAGUCACUGCCAAACCCCAUCGUUUUCAGACUUCACGGGACUGACUCUCUCCAUGUACAGCAGUAAAUCGGACAUCUGCGCCAGACGCAUCGGGAACGACGGUUUUGGAGCCCAGAGUCAUAUGCAAUGUCCGAGUCCAAAGCGGCAUGCCGCGCCAGAAGAGCGCUAUGGAUCUCAAGAGAAAGGCCUUUUGACAGCCAAAUCUCCCCGCGCCUGCUUCUCUCUCUCCCCCGAACAAGUGAACGGCAGCUGCAGCGGUGCGUACUGCCCAGAGAAGGAGAGUGGGCCAGAGCUGGGGGGCAGUGAGGGCACACUGAUGCGCUGUGGGCAGAGUCUGGCGGUGCCGGUGCCACCAGGGAGCCAGCCAGGUCCAGUGGGUCAUUACCACAGUGUCCACUGUGAGCGGCCCACACCCACACACAACCUUCAUCUGCAGGACAGCCAGCAGCAGCACGCUGAAGCCAGGUCCUCUGCCUUCCAGAGAUCCCUGGCCUCUCCCGACCCAGGCUGCGGAACCUCCAACGGGACCAGGGCACUUCCUCUCUCCUAUCCCAUCAAACAGGAGGCAUCCAUGGGCUACAACAUCUCACAGGGACCAGGGGUCCCCACCACAAUCCAGGGUGCCUUCCAGAACAGCAGGGGAAACAUUGGGGUCCGGCGGGGGGAGAUGGAGGGUCCUCUCGGUGGAAGCGGUGGUGGCAGUGGCUUAGGCAGUGCUCUAUCGGCAGACUCAGCGUACCCGUUUAAUAAUGAAGAUGGCUCCUCCCCGCUGUCUUUGUCCCCAAGCGGCUCCCGUCAUUCAGCGCGGCUGCUCACUACUAGCAGCCUGAAGAGACGCUGCCUGUCCCUGGCUUCCCAGUCCGCCGCUGCCAGCAGUAACGCUAGCGCCGUCGCGAACGCCGUCGUCACCACCACCGAGGGGAUCGAUAUCACCGCCAUUAUCUGCUCCUCCCAGAUGUCCGUGGUGGCCUGUGUCAACGGGCUCCGGACAAACCCCUCACCCCAGCCCAGCGGCGGCUUCUCCUCCCGGGGGCCCCCACAAGCCCCCACCCCCCCCCAGCAGUGCAGCAGCCCCCAGCAGCCUCUCUCGCAGGAGAGUUGUCAGCUGCCCUCGCCUGCCGCCUGCCUGCUGUCCCUCUCCUCGGGCUCCUCCUCGGGCUCCUCCUCCUCCUCCGUGUCGUCUCUGGACCCGGAGCAGCAGAACCAGGGACUGUGUGAGGAGCCCGGCUCCAUCAGCCGGGGGGGUGGAGGAGGAGGAGGAGCAGGCGCCGAUGGGCUGGGUCUGCUGAUGAGUGGGGCCCUGAUGACGGGAGGCCUGCUUGGGAACGUGUCUAUGCUGGAGGGCUGUCAGAGGGCCGGUGGAGGAGCUCUGAAACAGGAGCCUCUAGAUGACUUCUCUCCCAGCGAGGAGGAGCUCUUUCAGCACCACUACCACCAUCACCACCAUUAUAACCACCUGACCGGCCGCACUGCUGCCAGCCACCUCCGUCCUCACCCCCACCACCCUGCCCCCCCGCGGCCCUCCAUGCCCCCACCCUACCACCUGCACCAGUACGGGGGCCCAAGCCCGGGGGGCUUGCUGCACCUUCAGAACCAGCCCACAUCAUCUUCAUCUUCUCUCCUCUUGGGCCUCAAGACUUCGAGCCCCGUCGGGGGAGAGGACGGUGGGCCGCUCAGCGACAAGCAGGUUUGCCGCUGGAUUGACUGCAGUGUGGCGUACGAGCAGCAGGAGGAGCUAGUGAGGCACAUCGAGAAGGUGCACAUCGACCAGCGCAAAGGGGAGGACUUCACCUGCUUCUGGGCCGGCUGCAUCCGCCGCUACAAGCCCUUCAACGCCCGCUACAAACUCCUCAUCCACAUGAGGGUCCACUCGGGAGAGAAGCCCAACAAGUGUAUGUUUGAGGGCUGCAGCAAGGCCUUUUCCCGCCUGGAGAACCUAAAGAUCCACCUACGGAGCCACACAGGGGAGAAGCCCUACCUGUGCCAGCACCCCGGCUGCCAGAAAGCUUUCAGCAACUCCAGCGACCGGGCCAAGCACCAGCGCACUCACCUGGACACGAAACCGUACGCGUGUCAGAUCCCGGGAUGCACCAAGCGCUACACCGACCCCAGCUCCCUACGCAAACACGUCAAGAUCCACUCGGCCAAAGAGCAACAGGUGCGUAGAAAGCUGAGGCCCUGCCCCCACCUGGAGCAGGACGUCCUGAGUGAGUGUCUGUCUGUGCACCACCCGCAGGGCUCCGCACCCUCUCAGCCGCUCCCGGGACUGUGCCAGGACAUCUUCACAGGCCUGUACACUGGCUCCAGCACUCCCCACCACGGUGUCUCAGUGGAGCUCCUCUCCCCAGGACCAGCCCCCACCCCUGGCUCAGCCUCCGCCCCUGACCUGCCCCCCAGGCAGCCCCGUCUGGACCGGGACCUGAGCAGCCCGCAUCAUGUGUCCCCUCUGUCCACCAUGGAGAGCACACGUGACGGGGUGUCGGGUCCUCUGCUCUCCCCAGGGAUGAAGGGUACAGGCACUCCUCCUCCCUUGGAGAAGCAGCAGCAGCAGCAACAGCACAUCCACCCCCACCACAAGCCCUACUCUCAUUACCACCACCAGGCUGCCAGUGACGAUUACCAAGGCAGCUUUCAGAGCUGCUUCCAUUUUGGAGACUCCUACAGAAUGGAGCAGUCUGUGAGUGGUGUUCACUUACCAGCGGACUCACAUGGCUACACUUCCCACCAACACAAUGGCUUCCACAUGUCCAGCACCAGCGGUGGCUCUGCGGCAGGCUUCAGCUUGGCCCAGGACCUCCAGGGGCCAGGGGGGUGCCAGUUCUCCUCCAGCCCAGAGGAGAGCAUCUUCUUCCAGGUGAACAGCUUCGACCGCAGCCUGAGCCAGAUGUCCUCUGUCUACACAGAGACAUAGAGGACCGUAAAGCUGCCCUAUGUACCGUUAUACGGGCCUCUCAUGGCGUAUGCAUUUCAAUAGUCUGAGGUGAUAGCCUUUCCUUGGUCUCCGUUCCAGUUUGUACUGAUCUAAAGGAAACAAGCUGAGUGAAAGCAAGCCAAUCGGUAGCUUCCAGACCUCUGUGUUGCUUUUUUUUUGUUAGAUCAGGGUGGAUGAAGAGGGACGAGGAAAGGCCAUUUUAGAGUAUUGAGAUAGACCCUAGUAUAAUACGUUAUUCCAUGGUUCCGCUGGUCAAUGGCCAUCCUUUGUAGCUUUUUCUACUGCUCUGAAAGAACUGCCGUACCUCUGUAGUACGACAGAGCUCCCUACAGCCCUGCCCGAACAGAUACCAAGUGGACACAUUUCAAACGGAGACAUGACCUACUCCAGAACUCCCUCCUCUUUCUCUCUCCUUCCGUCUCUACAUCAUUCAAUCUACUAAGAACUGAAAUGUAGACAAAUAUAUAUCAUUUUGCCGUGUUGUUUUUAACAGUGGAAAAUACAUGUAUUGUUUGCAUUCCUUUGUUUUUAUUUUUGUGUGUUUGUUUAUUUGUUUGAAUUGUCUUAAGAUAUUUCUGGAUGGUAAAUGGAAGGGUGGUGGAUGGUCAUUUGUGAAAUAUUCUGGAACACAGUCAAAUCUACUUUAUCAUGUGUAUAAAUGUACAGUUUGUUUAAAGCGAUCUUCUGAAUGUUUGUUAUUCCCAAGUUUAAGAAAUAAAUGCUAUUACAAUAA